CUCCGUCACUCAGUCUCUACUCUCUAGAUAUACAUCCAUCGCCCCUCACCUUAUCCACAUUCCACCCACUCCAACACACCCAUGGCCUCAUCCUCCACGACACACCGUCUCCUCCGCGAACUCAAAGACUACACCAACUCCCCCAACGAAGCCCUCCUCCAUCUCGGCCCGGUAGACGAAGAUGAUCUCCUCCACUGGGAAGCCGUCCUAAAAGGCGUAAAAGGCACCCCCUACGAAGGCGGUCUCUGGUCCCUCCAAAUCCUCAUCCCGGCAAACUACCCCCUCUCGCCCCCCACCAUAAAAUUCAAAACGCGAAUCAGCCACCCCAACAUCUCCUUCACGACGGGGGAAAUCUGUCUCACGUUAUUGACCACCGAGCAUUGGAGUCCCGUGUAUACGUUGUCGAGUACCUUGACGGCGAUUCAUCAGCUGUUGACGGAUCCGAGACCUGAUUCGCCGCUCAAUGUGGAUGUUGCGGCGUUGUUGAGGGAUGGGGAUUUGGUGGGGUGGGAGAGUUUGGUUAGGUUUUGGACGGGGGAGGAGAGGUGGGUGCCUCAUUCUACAUAG